UUUUGUUUGUUUCUUUAUUUAUUUAAAAAAUAAAAUUUCAACGAUUUUUUAUAUUUUUUUUAAAAAUAUAUAUUAUAUUCAUAUUGUAAAAGAAACCUCAAUGUGAUGUUUCUCUACAACCUGUGCUUAUUUUCAAUUAUUGCCAUUGUCUCGAAAGCCUCACCCCCUGGACUCUCACCUGUUUGUCAGAAAAAAGGUUUUACGAAAGCGCCUUUGAUCUUAAUAAAUUUGGAUGGAUUUCAUCCCAUUUACCUCAAAAAGGCUGCUGCCAAAGAUUUAGCCUAUAUAGGUUCCAAGGGAGUCAUGAGUGAAUAUAUGAGACCAGUCUAUCCAACCAAGACCUUUCCAAAUCUUUAUACGAUAGUAACGGGAUUAUACCCGGAAAGCCAUGGAAUUGUCGAAAAUCAUUUUAAAGAUCCAUCGUCGGGCACCGAGUUUUAUCACAGUAAGAACGAAACGCAUAAUCGAAUUAAAUGGGGUGGAGAACCAAUAUGGAUAACCGCCAAAAAGAAUGGCAUCGAUUUUGCUGUUAAACACUGGCCUGGAUCGCAAAUAAAUUUUGAUGGUAUUGGGCCUAGUGAGUUUUCCAGACCUGGAAGGACAAAUUAUAAAAAUAACAUCGAGCAAAUAUUUAAAUGGUUAAAACUCCCAGAGGGUAAAAGACCCGGAUUUAUGAGUCUCUAUUUUAACGAGCCCGAUCAUUCUAUUCACAAAUUCGGACCGAAUUCAAACGAAGUUGAUACGGCUAUAAGCAAAGUUGGAACUAGUAUACGUUAUUUGUUCAAUACCUUAAGCAAAGCUAACCUGAUUGAAUGCGUUAAUAUUAUUAUAGUGUCAGAUCAUGGUGGAACUUCAAGUCCUUGCAGUGGAUUGGUGUAUCUUGAUAAAAUUGCCGAUCUUGGGCACGUGUCAUUUUUGGCCGGGCCCAGUGUGAUGAUCGAAAAAUUCAAAUCAAAAUAUACGCCGGAACAAUUGUUCGAAAAGGUAAGAUGCCCUAAAUCUCAAGCAAAAUCUUACGAUGUUUUUAAAAAAAAAGAUUUUCCAAGACGCCAUCAUUACAGUAAUAAUGAUCGGAUCGGUGAUUUAGUCAUCAAAAUGAAGGAAGGGCGUAAUAUGUUUAGAUACAGCAAUAGGCCACCUCCAUGCGAAGAAUUUAAAGGUAGCCACGGAUACGAUGAUGGUUUAAAAACCAUGCAAGGCUUAUUUAUGGCUUAUGGAGCACACUUUAAAAAGAAAUCCAAAAUAUUGCCGUUUCAAAGCAUCGAGCUAUAUAAUUUGAUGACAGCCUUACUUGGUAUCACUCCAGCCCCCAAUAACGGAACUUAUGGAUUAUUAGCAGACGCCUUAACCAUUCCUCACAAUCCUAUACCGCCCAAUUUGCAGCCCGUUAAAUACUACGGAUUACGAUCUGGCGUGAAGGAGGGCGAUGGAGAAAACAAUUACAAGGACGAGGGUUAUGAAACGGAUUCCGAUGAUUACAGUAAAAAGAUUAAAAGAUCUAUUUAUUAUAAGAAGAGGGCCACUGAAGAUGAUGAUGUUGGUAGCAAAUACCCAGCGGAGGAUGAUUAUUACGGAACCGCCGACACGAAAUUGAUCGACGUGGAAGCCGAUAAAAAGGCUGAAAAAGAACGGGAAAAGAAAAAACCAACUGAAGGCUUGAAAGAUGCGCUUGGAUCCGAAGACGAUGACAGUUUGUCUGGCGUUGCCGGAACUAUGGCUCCCAGUGGAUUUAAAACAGCUUUCAAAGGGGACAGUAAAUGUUGUCAGGCAUCGUACGGAGGCAAUACGAGGGCAGAUUCUUCCCCUCCCAGUAAUAUACAAUCGCUCAAGACCAAUGCCGCUUUUGAAAUUCCGAAAUCAAAUUUAGCCACGGUGUCCAUUUUACCCGAAAAUGAUUACAUCAUAGGGUACGAUCAAGAUAAUAACUACCCCUUAUUCGCCUCUUAUUUGCCCAAACAAAAAUACAAUAAACAGACAUCUGGAAAAUGCAUCAGCAUGGAUAAUAGAUUAUCUUCUGAUCUUCAGUCUUCGUCGUGCAGUCUUCAAUCAAACUUAAAGGAUAGAUCAAAUUCAAAUUUGAUUCCUCUGAAGCUUUAUAAUGGUGGCGACUCAUCGAAUAUCAUGAGUAAUGUAGUAUACGUGUAUGAAGAUUUUUACAACAAUAUUUGGAGUGGCGUUAUGAGCGCGAUGACCGAUGUUGCCAUCAAAAGAAACGCUAUCGUUAUAGUCGGGCCCAUUUUUGAUCACAACGGUGAUAGUUUGAGAGAUAAUAUAGCUAGCGUACCUAGUUAUGUCGAUGGAAAACGCAUAUUGAUCCCAUCACACUUUUUCGUCAUGACUCUAUAUUGUAAAGAUGGGUCAGUUGGUCAAUGCCAAGCCAGAAACGUAGUAAUUAAUAGCUUCGUAAUACCACAUACCAAAGAAACAGAAAAUUGUGAGACCGUUGAAUUGUAUAUAAAGAAAAACUACGCCAAAAUCAAAGACAUCGAGCUUUUGACCGGGCUUAACUUUUUCCUCAAAUACCCAGAAACUGAUCGAAUCAAAUUAAUAAAUCAUUUCUAUCUCAAUCUCGAAAAAUAAUUAGGAGAAAAUUUAAACUUAGAUUUUUAGAUUUCCCCAAAUUUCACAAAUUGUAAUAAUCGAACUAUAAUUCAUCAUAAAAAAAAUUAUUAUGUAAUAUCCAUAAAUAUUGGUUGAAAUAUUAGCAAAUAAAUUUAUUGUUAUGACUUA